AUGGAGGAAAAACACUCCGUGGAGCCAACGCCUCCGCUCGACCACACCGGGAUUUGCACAAAUCCAGCGAAGCAGCGCGUCGAUGUAUUCCCGCGACAAUUCCACUCCCCUUCAAGCAAUUGCGCAACAAUGGCCGGGCUAACACGGCUGUGUACGUGGUUCUUCCUCGCUCUGCUGGGAUUCUCGCUAUCUUCCGGCGCCUCAACACAGGAAGAGACAACGCAAUGGCCGCUACACAAUGACGGCCUGAACAAGGUUGUGCAGUGGGACCACUACAGCUUCCAAGUCAAUGACCAGCGCAUCUUCAUCUUCUCCGGCGAGUUCCACUACUGGCGCAUUCCAGUCCCCGGUCUGUGGCGCGAUAUCCUGGAAAAGAUCAAGGCUGCCGGAUUUACGGCGUUUGCCUUCUACGCGAACUGGGCAUACCAUGCGCCCAACAACCACACCCUCGACUUUUCAACAGGGGCGCACGAUAUCAGACCUCUCUUUGAGCUUGCCAAGGAGAUAGGUCUGUAUAUCAUCGUCCGUCCGGGUCCAUACAUCAAUGCUGAAGUCACCGCUGGGGGGUUUCCCUUGUGGUUGACCACGGGAGACUAUGGCUCACUGCGGAAUAAUGAUACGCGGUAUACGAAGGCGUGGACGCCGUACUUCAGUGAAAUGUCGCAGGUCACGAGCAAAUAUCAAGUGACAGAUGGCGAGAAUGCCCUAUGCUAUCAGAUUGAAAAUGAGUAUGGUGAUCAGUGGGUUGGGAAUCCCUCUGAGCGCGACCCGAAUGAAACGGCUAUUUCGUACAUGGAGCUACUUGAGGCGAAUGCGCGCAAGAAUGGGAUUACCGUGCCGCUCACGUCGAAUGAUCCGAAUAUGAAUACUCAUUCCUGGGGGAGUGACUGGUCCAAUGAUGGUGGGAAUGUGGAUGUAUCAGGCGUCGAUUCGUAUCCUUCCUGCUGGACCUGCGAUCUCAGCCAAUGCACCUCGACCAAUGGAGUCUACGUGCCCUUCCAGGUGGUGGAAUACUACGAGUACUUCCAAGAGAACCAGCCCACGAUGCCGGAGUUCAUGCCCGAGUUCCAGGGCGGCUCGUACAAUCCCUGGGGCGGGCCCGAGGGCGGUUGCGCCGAAAACUCAGACGCCGAGUUCGCGAACCUGUUCUACCGGUGGAACAUCGGGCAGCGUGUCACGGCCAUGAGCCUGUACAUGCUGUUCGGCGGCACGAACUGGGGCGCCAUUGCUGCUCCCGUCACGGCAAGCAGCUACGACUACUCAUCUCCCAUCUCGGAGGACCGCUCCAUCGGUUCGAAGUACUACGAGACCAAACUGCUGGCACUAUUUACUCGCGCCGCGAAGGAUCUGACUAUGACCGAGCUGAAGGAUAAUGGCACCCAGUAUACCACCAACAGCGCGGUGAGAGCGUACGAGCUGCGGAAUCCGGAGACGAAUGCUGGAUUCUAUCCUACUUUCCAUGUGAAUACGUCGCUUUCCACAAACGAGGCAUUCCGUCUUCAUGUUGAUACCUCGGCCGGUGCCUUGACUGUCCCAAGACACGGAGGCACGAUCCGAUUGAACGGCCACCAGUCCAAGAUCAUCGUGACGGAUUUCACAUUCGGGUCCAACAAACUGCUGUACUCGACCGCCGAGGUGCUCACCUACGCCGUCUUCGACAAGACCCCGACCCUGGUUCUGUGGGUUCCAACCGGCGAAUCAGGGGAGUUCGCCGUCAAGGGCGCAAAGAAGGGAUCUAUUAAGAAGUGCCAGGGAUGUUCGCAUGUCGAGUUCUAUCACGAAGAUAACGGGUUGACUAUUACCUUCACGCAGUCGUAUGGUAUGAGCGUUGUCGAACUUGACAAUGAUGUGCGAGUAGUCCUACUCGACCGUACACACGCCUAUCGUUUCUGGGCGCCUGCGCUCACUAAUGAUCCAUUGGUCCCUGAGACAGAGAGCGUGCUCAUCCAGGGCCCAUACCUCGUCCGAGGUGCUAAGUUGUCAGGAUCUACGCUGGCCGUAACGGGUGAUGCCAUCAACACCACGGCCCUGGAAGUUUUCGCGCCCCGGCAUGUCAAGACAAUUACGUGGAACGGCAAGAUGCUUCACACACAGCGGACAGAGUAUGGCAGUCUCAAGGGCUUGCCUGCUGCACCGGCCUCGGUCAAAUUGCCCUCCUUUGGAACAUGGAAGACCAAGGAUAGUUUGCCGGAGAGAUUCGCAGAUUAUGAUGAUUCCGGACCGGCAUGGGUCGCCUGGCUAAACGGCCAAUUAAUCGGCUCAUACUUCGGCAGCGCGGCCGCAGAGCAAGCCAACCUAACCCUCUCAUUCGCAAACGCCACACUCCAUCACAAAGAACCCAACGUGCUCCUCGUAGUCCACGAUGACACAGGCCACGACGAAACAAGCGGCGCGCUGAACCCGCGCGGCAUCCUCGGCGCAAAACUGCUCGGCUCCUCGGACCCCACGUUCACACACUGGAAAAUCGCCGGCACAGCAGGCGGCGAAUCCAACAUCGACCCUGUGCGCGGCGUCUACAACGAAGAUGGCCUGCACGGCGAGCGGGUGGGAUGGCAUCUCCCCGGCUUCGACGACAGCAAGUGGCCGUCGUCGUCCACGUCCGCAGAAAGAAAAUCGGAACCAUCAGCCCUCCUCAGCUUCAAAGGCGCAACAGUCCAGUUCUUCCGCACAACUAUCCCCCUCAACCUACCACCGGGACACGACAUCUCCAUCUCCUUUGUCCUGUCCACCCCCACAGGCUCAACGAAAGCGUACCGCGCCCAGCUCUUCGUGAACGGAUACCAGUAUGGCAGGUAUAAUCCGUACAUCGGGAACCAGGUGGUAUACCCUGUUCCGGCGGGUAUUCUGAACUACAGCGGAGAGAAUACGGUGGCGGUUGCGGUGUGGGCGCAGACGGUAGAGGGGGCUAGUAUUGGUGUUGAUUGGCGGGUCAAUUACAUCGCUGAUAGCUCGUUGGAUGUUGUGCAGUUGGCUCGUGAGGAGGAGGCGUUGAGACCUGUUUGGACUAAGGAGAGGGAAGUGUACGCUUAG